GGCUGGUCUCCGAAGUGGGGGAAGGGCCAGGACUGGCCGGGAGGCGGAGCGGAAGCGGACUGUGAGGGACGAGAAGAGUAGAAUCUCCACGAGCUGGGAACCACCUCGUCCGUGAUUCUCAAUCUUGGCCUUUUUCCAUCCCGACCUGGAGGCUGCUUCGCGAGCGCAGGACGCAAUUGACGCCUGCUAAUCGACUUUCGCUGCGCCGCCCCAGCUCGGCAGCCCGUUGGCGGCGGCGACAGUGACAAGAAGCCCACAGGCAAGGUUCAGUACCUGGGGCUCUGCAAAUUAAACUGACAGAAGCCAAAUAAAUAGGAGGAAAAGGUUGAUUUCAUAUGCAAUUGAGGAGCAUUACAGAAAUGAAAUGAAAACCAAAGAAGCAGAGUGAAUUGAGAGUUGGAGGCAACUUUGCUGAAGAUGAAGAAUAUACAGUAUUAGAGGAGGAGAUUUUUUUUUUCUUUCACAAGUCUUGGUGGUUUGGUAGCUUACAUCUAGUCACCACUCUUCAGCUGACUGUGUUUGCUUCAUCAGAAAUGAUUUUUACAAUCUCAAGAAAAACCAUGUCCCAGAAAUUGAGUUUACUGUUGCUUGUAUUUGGACUCAUUUGGGGAUUGAUGUUACUGCACUAUACUUUUCAACAGCCAAGACAUCAAAGCAGUGUCAAGUUACGUGAACAAAUACUAGACUUAAGCAAAAGAUAUGUUAAAGCUCUAGCAGAGGAAAAUAAGAACUCGGAUGUUGAAAAUGGCGCUUCUAUGGCAGGAUAUGCGGAUCUAAAAAGAACAAUUGCUGUCCUUUUAGAUGACAUUUUACAACGCUUGGUAAAGCUGGAGAACAAGGUCGACUAUAUUGUUGUGAACGGUUCAGCGACCAACACUACCAAUGGCACUGGUGGAAACCUGGUGCCAGUCACCACGAAUAAAAGGAUCAACGCGUCGGGCAGCAUUAGAUAGCAGUCGAAGAUCACCUGUGCGGCUACAUCCACCGUGGGUCAUGUCCUAUGGCAGAAAGCUUUUCAGUUGCUGGCUAGGAUAGAGUAAUACUGUACAAUAAAAGCCCCACGUAUUUCUGAGGAAUAUGCUGGAUUCACAGAACUCUAAUUCUGUACAUAAUUUUAAAAGUUAUUGUUUGCUUUCAGGCAAGUCUCCUCAAUGCUGUACUAUAUCCUUAAAGGGAAUUUGGUGACAUGGUUGAUGGUAGUAAGCAGGUAGGUGAUCUUUAUAAAUCUUUUGUGUUUGAGAUCAAGGUGGAACAAAAACACUGAAAGACAUGGGUUCAUUUCUAUAAAAUAUUUAUUUAAAUAUAUCACAUGUUUUUUAGACAAGUGGAGGAUAUUGUUAUUGAGUCAUUUUGUCAUUUGUUCUCCGUUGGUUUAACUGUUAGACUAACGUUAUUAGUAAAUGUGCUUACUUCCAGCACUAUAUUUUGUUACUCAGAUUAUGAGCAGGGAAAGGAAGUAUAAUGUUGAAAAUAAGGUUUUGAAUUCAUGACCCAAAGAAUGUCUUCAUUUGCACUAUCCUUCAGAAUAACUGGAGGUUAAUUAUUGUAUAUUUUGAAAAAUUACAUUUAUAAGGGUAUAAUCUUGAAAUGGUUAAUAGCCACUGUCCGUAACCUAUUCUAAACAUCGAGACAAUUAAAUAACAUAAAGAUAAUAAUCUCUAGUCUCAUACAUAACAUUUUCUUACAUAUACCCUGAAGAAUAGAAGAUAUUUUUAUGAUGAGGUUAAAAAUAAGUAAAGUAUUAAUUCAUGAUUUUUCACAUACAUGAAUAUUAAUUUGAAAGUUAAAUCCUUUGAGUGUGUUAGGUGGAAAGCACAUUAUUUCCUUAUUUGGGUAAUUUUUGCUUUUGUUUUGUUGGCAGUGUAAGGGGAGACUGAGAUGUUUGUGAGACUGGGAUGCUUGAGGUCUUUAGCCAGGUGUAUAUAAUAAAGGUAUUUGUGCUGCAUUAAAUUGCUUGGAAAAUAUUGACAUUAUGUAAGAGUAUCUGGCUUUAUGGAAUUGUGGAUUUGUGUAACAGAUACAUUAGGUAUUCAUUUUAUAUAAUGACCAGUUAAAAACAAUUAAGAACAUUUAAAAUAUAAUUUAAGUUAUGAAGAUUGACUCUCUUUUCAGGAAAACAGCUAUUGUAUAUAGCACAAGAAAUCCUAAUCAUGGGUAAUUCUAGGAUAGAGCAAAGUACACCUUUAUUUAAAUUUCCUUUGUAGCAAAUUUAAUUGCCAUAUGGUGCCCUAUAUUUCAUAGUAUUUAUUCUCUAUAAUAACUGCUAAAGUGCAGCUAGCUUCUAGAUUUAGGCUAUAUUGAAUUUAGUUUUGGAUAUUGUAUUGUUCGUUAUUGUAAUAUGCUACCACACAUAGUAGCAAUAAUUAUAAUGCUUUAUUAAAAUAAAUAUGAGAAAAUAUUGUUUCAUGACAGGUAGCUUUCUAAACUCUUUUCUGUAUACUCUAUCUUUAUGUGAAGAAAUUAAUUACAUACCAUUGCCAGGUGAAGUUUGGAAUAAUUGUUCAGUCUUAUUAGAUGUGGACAUUUUUGUUUUUUGUUUUUGUUUUCAGGGAUGAAAUAAAAUAUAUUAUUUG